AUGGACUCGGAUAAAACUCCUCAGCCCGUAUGCGCUCAAGAGGCUUUGAAUCUGCUCAACUGCGUCACCGAGACCCCGUACGAUCAGGACAAAUGCCUCCGUCUCCUGCAAUCCUUACGCGAUUGCGUCCUCAACAAGGGAGCAGAGAGACGGAGUUACUGCCAUGAUUCUGGCUAUGAGAAUGUAUGGGCUCUCAAAGUCCACUUUGACGUCGAAGAUGGACUGUACAUCCAACUCUCUAAAGUUUCUCCCCCACCCAAGCUUAUAGGCUGGAGCUAUCAACUCUCUACCCCAUGGCCCAUUGGGCCUUGCCUUCCCCCUAGGGAAGUGCAGAAAGUGAAGAAGUUCUCACUGGCACAAGAUGACCAAGGAGAGGCUGAUCUUAGUAAUAAGAAAUCGUGA